CCCGGCGCCUUGCAUACCCGCGGGGCCUCCUAGCCAUGGUGCAGUGUACACCUGCGCCCUCCUCAGUAGUGGGCUUCCCGACAUCUCCAUCGCGGUUCGCCCCUCUCGCUACUGGAGUUGAGGCAUCGCAGGACUCGACAGAGUGUACUCAGCCCUCUGUCGCAGUACCCUUUGCGCCUCCGCAGACCACCGUCUCCCCUCCUUCCCUGCCGCGACUACCGACGCAUCGAGCCAUUCGCUCAGCCCGUUGCAGCGAGCAGCUCGCUACUCGCGAGGACGUCGUGUCCUCUCUUCUGGACUUGAGCAUGCUCCAGGCUCGUCAGGAGCGACUCACCCUCCAUGUCGCUGCACUGCGUCGCCUUCUCGCCAUCCUCUCUGACCCUGAUCGCACCCUCCCGAUCAUCCCCGUACGACUCGGGACCUCCACGAGGGUGUACUCAUCGCUGUGGGAUUCCGGUUCUCAGGGCGAUUUCAUUCACCCACGCGUGGUGAAGGAAUCCCGCUUACCCACGAUAGGGUCUCCGACUCCCAUCUCCGUUACCCUAGGGGAUGACAGGACCCAGCGCUUCUUCGAUCAGACGGUCACCGACCUCCCCUUCUUCCUCACUCUCGAGCCGACUGAUCGUUCCUCUGCACAUUUCGAUGUGAUGGAGACGGGGUACGACUUCAUUCUCGGCACUCCGUGGUCUCGUCGGUUCCGCAGCACUGAGGCCGAUUGGGCGACCAACACUCUCGUUCUCAAAUCGAAGUGUGGACAGACGUAUCGCGUACCUUUCAUAGGUACCACGGCGACAACACACCCCGAUCCUCCUCCCCCGGAGCCUUCAGUGCCCACACCAUCUCCCUCUAUCACUGUCACCUCGCCUCGGCAGUUCGCUUACUUCAUUCGACAGGACGACGUCACCUUCUUUAUGGUGGACGUGACGGAUUUCUUACACUAUGAUCCACCCUGUCCCGACGCCGAGCUCAUCCCUCUGGAGCCAGAUCCUCCCUCUAUCUCCAUGGCUCCCAUCUCUACUUCCGUCCCUCCGCCGUCCAUCAAGUCCACCCCGCCGUCGCGCGCUGACGCUGACGCUGAGGAACUCGCACGAUAUACGGCUGACUUGGAGCCCRCMGUUCGUGACCUCAUCCGAGAGUACCACGACGUUUUCCCAUCGUCGUUCUCGUACGCCGGCAUCCCACCGAUGCGUGACGUCGAGCACUCCAUUCAGCUCGUGCCUGACUAUCGUGUUCACCACCAGGCACCCUACAGACUCUCGAUCCCCGAGGCCACCGAACUCAAGCAUCAGCUUGAGGAGCUCCUGAGAGUGGGUUUCAUUAAAUCCAACAACUCCUCGUGGGGUGCACUCGUCCUCUUUGCUCGCAAAGCGGAUGAAACUCUUCGUCUCUUCAUCGACUACCGCGGCCUCAACCGCUACACGGUUAAGAACAGCUACCCCAUGCCUCGUUCCCAUGAGCUGUUCGACCGCCUAGCAGGCAACCGCUUCUUUACGAAGAUUGAUCUUCGUAGCGGUUACCAUCWGAUCCGCGUCGCUGMAGYYGACCAGCCGAAGACCGCGUUCCGAUCGCGAUUCGGCCACUACGAGUUCACGGUGAUGCCAUUCKGCCUCACCAACGCACCCGCUACCUUCCAGAKGGCGAUGAACGACAUCUUCAGGGACACCCUGGAGCAGUACGUUCUCGUCUACCUCGACGAUAUCCUGGUCUAUAGUCGUACCCUUGAGGAGCACCUUAGACACCUCUGCGACGUACUUGACCGCUUGCGCAGACAUGGCUUCUACGCCAAGCUAAGCAAGUGCCGCUUUGCCCAGCACAAAGUGGACUUCUUAGGACAUUACGUGUCUGACCAGGGUCUCCACAUGGACGACACGAAGAUCACUGCUAUUGCGGAGUGGCCCGCUCCCACAUCCGCCAAGCAGCUUCGCAGCUUCCUAGGCCUGACCAACUACUAUAGUAAUUUCAUCCGGGGAUACGCUAGGUAUUCCUACGUCCUUACCUCCACCCUCCUCMGGAAGAACCCACCCUGGGYUUGGACACCCCUCCACGAGGACGCCUUCCGCGCCCUCAAGAAGGCGGUGACAUGCGCACCGGUUCUUCACCUACCCGAUUUUGAUCGCCCUUUUAUCCUUACCACCGAUGCAUCAAACUUUGUUGUAGGAGCAGUGCUUUCUCAGGUCUUCCCUUCCUCUCCUGAUUCCUCUCAUCCUCGUAUCCCUCGCUUCCCUCCCCCUACCACUGCUUCUCGACUGACGCCUACUCGUCCAGCUACUGACGAGCCUUCUAUUGACUAUUCUCCUACCAUCGCCGAGGACGGCACGGUCGAAUCUCGCUCAGGUGAUUGUCCGAUAGCCUUCUACUCCCGUCAGCUCUUGCCCGCCAAGAUAAACUACACUGCUGAUGAACGUGUGGUUCUCGCGGUAGUUUAUGCCGCUCGGCACUGGCGUCACUACCUGCAAGGGGCAACGUUCACGGUGCGUACGGACAACUCUGUUGUCCAUGCUUUUCUGACAAAACCGAAGCUCACUCCUCGACAAGCUCGCUGGUGGCGCGACCUAUCCGAGUUUAGUUUCACCACUGAGCACAUCAAGGGUGAGACUAAUCGGGUCGCAGAUGCCUUAUCCCGACGCCCUGACCACGACCAGGAGCAGAUCCAGCUCUCUUCCAUCUCGGUCACCAUCGUCCACCACUCGGUGAUCGACGAGUUUCGCACUCAGUACCGCCACUGCCCCGAGUAUCGCGAGAUCCACGCGACCCUUCAGAGUGGCAAGACCGUCCCGAACUACUCUCUCGGGGACAACGAUCUCGUGUACUGGCACGGUUCACAGGGCACCAGAGAGCCCCGUAUUUGCGUUCCCUCCACUGGACAGCUACGUGUCCGAGCAGUAGCAGAGUUCCAUGACCAGGCAACCGCCAGUCAUAUGGGCUUCCACAAGACGUUGGCUCGCGUCAGCCGCCUGUACGUCUGGCCGAAGCGCAAGGACUUUGUGAAGGACUACGUUGCAGAGUGUCCCACCUGUCRGGAGCCGAUUCUGGCGACGGCUCCACGAGGUAACGACACUCAGCUCCGCUUCUCCUCGUCUUACCAUCCUCAGACUGAUGGUCAGAUCGAGAUCACGAACAGAACUCUCGAAGAUAUUCUCCGAAAGAUUGUUCGUGACGACCAGCAGUGGGACCUUCAUCUUGCCCACGCGGAGAUAGCCUACAACCACGCCGUCUCGCCAGUCACGGGGAUGUCGCCUUACUAUUGCGACCUCGGCUAUCACCCUCGUGUUCCUGCGAACUUCCUUCAACCGUCACAAAUGCACCCCGACACGAACUGUCCCGCACUGGAUGAUUCGGUUGCACACAUGACGUCGAUCAUGAAGACCGCACAUGAGCACAUAGCCGCUUCCCAGACUCGCAUGGCAGCACGUGCGAACCGAUCGAGGAUGGACCACCCAUUCAAAGUCGGUGAUGAUGUGCUUAUCGAUGCCCGUCACUUACAGCUCGAAGCGGAUACGCUUCGCAAGUUUCGGCGUCGCUUCUUUGGUCCAUGCCGCAUCCUCCAGGCCGUCGGUUCUAAUACGGCUUCUAGCCCGGUCAGCUUCCGUGUGAAGCUGCCCGACGACCUACGCCAGACUCGUAUGCACGAUGUCUACCACGUCUCGUUAUUGCAUUUUUACCGCAAACAGUCUGAGCGUUUCGCCGGACGACCAUACGAGCGCCCUCCACCCAUCAUGGUGGACGGUCACGAGGAGUUCCUCGUUUCAGACAUCAUUGGUCGCCGAGUCACCGACGACAACCGUCCCCACGUCGAGUAUCUUGUAUGUUGGAAGGGUUACCCUGAUGAGGAGGCUACCUGGAAGCCUCUCGAGCACUUGCAGCACGCUCGCAUGUUGGUGCGUGCCUAUGACUGUGCUCGUCGGGCUGGGUUCAAUGCUCCUCCUGUGCCCACUAACCCUCCUCCUUCUUCUCCGGUUGAGGAGACGGCUGAAGUCGAGCCUGCUCCAUCUGAGGCAGACCUUCAGCAGCAGCCGGAUGCUUCUGAGCGUCCACAGCGCACUCGUGGUCGUCCUGCUCGAUACGACGAUUGACUCUGACUUAUCUUUCCACGUCUU